CACAGACCGAGCUUUCGGGGUUUGCCGGGCAGUCAACACUGCAUUUUCGCACAGCUGGCUAAGGUGACGUGAACUGCAGAAAGCACAAGCACUCCCUGAGCACUCACUGAUCACGGACUGUGCAACAAGAUGGGGCUCAAAACAGCAAAUGGUGGAGAGAAUGCUGGAGCAGGAGCAAGCCAUCAAACGUGUGUUUGCCCAAGACAAAAGUCACCCCCACUCCCCCAGCUGACAUGGCAUGACAUAAGUGUUCUGGAAUCUGUGAACAAUGUGCUGAAGUCAGUAGCGGACUUCACAGACAUUCUCUCUGGAGAAAAUUAUGUAACGGUGUCCUCACUGCUGCCCAUGUUGGCCCAUUUAGAAGGUGUUCUGGAGGAGUCAGGUGAUAAUUCCAAACUGACAGCCGACCUGAAGCGUGUCAUCCUGGAGCAGAUGGAAGGCAGAUAUGGUGAUGACACCAUCCAGAGGAUGAUCCGUAAAGCAACACUGCUUGACCCAAGGUACCGAGGGGACCAUAUGAAACCUCCCGAACUUCAUUCUACAAAAUCUGAAAUAAUGGAAGAGAUUGUGAGAGAUAUUGAUCUGUCGCUGCCAAAGCCAACACAAGGUCCCUCACAUGCUGGAGAAGAUGGAGAGGAACCAGAUGCCGGCGUCACCACCGUGCCUAAGAAAAAAAAGUGGUCUUUAGACAGCCUUCUUGCGAAGAGAGCAGCCACAGCAGCUGCAGCCACGCUCACUGAUGAGCAAAAGGUCGAGUCAGAAAUGACCAUUUACCUGCAGGAAAUGGCCAUCAAUGGGGAAUAAGACCCACUGACUUGGUGGAAAACAAACGAAAAAAGGCCAGAUUAGCACGGAAAUAUCUGUGCAUAUGUGCUACCAAUACUCCAUCAGAGCGGGUCUUCAGCACAGCAGGGAGUGUAGUUACUCCAAUUCGCAGCUUAUUUAAACCAGACAAAGUGAACAUGUUGGUAUCUCUGGCCAGAAACAUCGAAAUUUAAACAUGGUCUAUGUAUGUAAAUCCCGCAUUUCGGUCUGAGUGUUGUUCCCGUUUUGUUGUUCUUCUGUGUUUUAAUAAAUGUGUGUUAUCUGAAUUACCUUCAUUCUUUCAUUUGAUUUGACAUCAUGGCCAAGGAAAAUUGUCUUUUAAAGGUAUUUAUUAACCAGACAAAAGUGAAUUGACGUUUCGCUGAAUUCUGGGUUUAAACUGCCGCUUCAGUGCAGUAAAGCAACACAUCUAUGUAACAAUGAGCACGAUCUCCCGAGACACUACAAUAGGAUACUAAUAAUUCAUUAAUAAGGCCUGUUUUCUUGUACAAAAUUUAAAAUUUAAAAUAAAUGUACAGUGUUUAACAUGUAAAAAAAGACAAGAUUCUAACAAUAUCAAGAUCAAAUGCCUCACACGGUAUUUUCACAUACUAACACGUCACGUCUCUGGCAUAGACUACAGUGAGUAUUUAGAAUAGCAUAUAUGUAUUAGUAAUAUUCUCAAUUUAAUUUACAGC